GCUGGGCCGGCCGGCCACCCUCCGCGCCCGGGCCCCUGCGCCCUGGCCCGUCCUCGCCCAGGCCCCGCGCAGCCGCGUCCGCAGCAUCGCCUGUUCGGUAACAAAUAGUUCCGGUCCGUUCCAAGGCCGGGAGCCGUUACCCUGCCGCCCCUCGGGAGCUGUAUCCCCCCACGGCCGCGGAGGCGCGCCGGGCGGCGGAGGCAGGGGAGGAGGUUUGAGCGAGGCCGCCCCGGUUGCCUGGCCGUCUGCUCCUCGGAUUUCCUCCUGUUCCAUAAUCAACCAGAACAAUGUUCUACGCACAUUUUGUCCUCAGUAAAAGAGGGCCGUUGGCCAAAAUUUGGCUAGCGGCCCAUUGGGAUAAGAAGCUAACCAAAGCCCAUGUGUUUGAGUGUAAUUUAGAGAGCAGUGUGGAAAGUAUCAUCUCACCAAAGGUGAAGAUGGCGCUCCGAACAUCAGGACACCUCUUACUGGGAGUAGUUCGAAUCUAUCACAGAAAAGCCAAAUAUCUCCUUGCAGACUGUAAUGAAGCAUUCAUUAAGAUAAAGAUGGCUUUUCGGCCAGGUGUUGUUGACCUGCCUGAGGAAAAUCGAGAAGCUGCUUACAAUGCUAUUACUUUACCUGAAGAAUUUCAUGACUUUGAUCAGCCACUGCCUGACUUAGAUGACAUCGAUGUGGCCCAGCAGUUCAGCCUGAACCAGAGUAGAGUGGAAGAGAUAACCAUGAGAGAAGAAGUUGGGAACAUCAGUAUUCUACAAGAAAAUGAUUUUGGCGACUUUGGAAUGGAUGAUCGUGAAAUAAUGAGAGAAGGCAGCGCUUUUGAGGAUGAUGACAUGUUAGUAAGCACUAGUGCUUCUAACCUCCUCUUAGAGCCUGAACAGAGCACCAGCAAUCUAAAUGAGAAAAUUAACCAUUUGGAAUAUGAAGACCAAUAUAAGGAUGACAAUUUUGGAGAAGGAAAUGAUGGUGGCAUAUUAGAUGACAAGCUUAUUAGUAAUAAUGAUGGUGGUAUUUUUGAUGAUCCCCCUGCCCUGUCUGAGGCAGGAGUGAUGCUGCCAGAACAGCCUACACAUGAUGAUAUGGAUGAGGAUGAUAACGUAUCAAUGGGUGGGCCUGACAGUCCUGAUUCAGUGGACCCUGUUGAACCAAUGCCAACUAUGACUGAUCAAACAACACUUGUUCCGAAUGAAGAAGAAGCCUUUGCUCUGGAGCCUAUUGACAUCACUGUCAAAGAAACAAAAGCCAAGAGGAAGAGGAAGCUAAUUGUUGACAGUGUCAAAGAAUUGGAUAGCAAGACAAUUAGAGCCCAACUUAGUGAUUAUUCAGACAUUGUUACUACUUUGGAUCUGGCACCACCCACCAAGAAACUGAUGAUGUGGAAAGAGACAGGAGGAGUGGAAAAACUCUUCUCUUUACCUGCUCAGCCUUUGUGGAAUAACAGACUACUGAAGCUCUUUACACGCUGUCUUACACCACUAGUACCAGAAGAUCUUAGAAAAAGGAGGAAAGGAGGAGAGGCUGAUAAUUUGGAUGAAUUCCUCAAAGAGUUUGAAAAUCCAGAGGUUCCCCGAGAGGACCAGCAGCAUCAGCAGCGUGAUGUUAUCGAUGAGCCCAUUGUGGAAGAGCCAAGCCGCCUCCAGGAGUCAGUGAUGGAAACAAGCAGAACAAACUUGGAUGAGUCGGCCAUGCCCCCACCACCACCUCAAGGAGUUAAGAGAAAAGCCGGACAAAUUGACCCAGAGCCUGUGAUCCCUCCUCAGCAGGUAGAGCAGAUGGAAAUACCUCCUGUAGAGCUGCCCCCAGAAGAGCCUCCAAAUAUCUGUCAGUUAAUUCCAGAGUUAGAACUGCUACCAGAGAAAGAGAAGGAGAAAGAAAAGGAGAAGGAAGAUGAUGAAGAGGAAGAGGAUGAAGAUGCUUCAGGAGGUGAUCAGGAUCAAGAAGAAAGAAGAUGGAACAAAAGAACUCAGCAGAUGCUUCAUGGUCUUCAGCGAGCUCUUGCUAAAACUGGAGCCGAAUCUAUCAGUUUGCUUGAGCUGUGUCGGAACACGAACAGAAAGCAAGCUGCAGCAAAGUUCUACAGCUUCUUGGUUCUUAAAAAGCAACAAGCUAUUGAGCUGACGCAGGAAGAACCAUACAGUGACAUCAUUGCAACACCUGGACCAAGGUUCCACAUUAUUUGAACAGCUAGAAGCAUUAAAGCUAGUGUUCAAUUCACUAGUAUAUACAAAUUGCCCCCAUGUGUAGGGCACACAAAACCCUUCAAGGAAAUUUUAAGUUUUUGUCUGAAUAAAAAGUCUCUGCCUUUUUCAUUUUUUUUUUCCCAGUAUUUUAAGGGAACUGCUUGUAUGGAUUGGAUUGUGUUUGUGUUCUGAUGGAGAAAACAAGCUCCCAGAAGAUUAACAGUUCAGAACAGAUGUGUGCAAUAUUCGUGCAUGUGAUAAUGUUGGGUAGCAGUGGAAAGUCAGGGUUUUUUAAAAAUCUUGGUUGGCCACUUAAUUGCAUUGGAACAGAAAACUUGUCAGGAAGAAUGCCUGCCAAUUUUAAGAACUGUGGAGUGAAUCAUGGACAGAAAGAAAUUCUUUUCCCAUCAGUAACACCAGCAAUCUUCUUGGUAACCACUGUGUUUAGGGUUGGUACCCAAAGAGAUUGUUCUCGAGAUAUGUUUUUAAAGUACAAUUCCACAAUGACCAAGGGGGUGUGUGAAACUGUGCUGUAACUAAUCCCCCUCAAUUACAAAAAGAUAGAACUUGUUUUAAAGUGUUCUAUUUUGUUAAUCAUUCCAUUUGAAACUUUUUAAUGAACCAUAUUACUAUCCUGAAUCUGUUGUUUUAGUGACUCUCUAAAAUGAGCAGAAAUAGACUUUUUAGAGUAGAAUGAAUAUAAAUUUGUACCUUUCCAGGAAAAGUUUUAAAAAGAUGUUUAGAUAUAUUUAAGUAUUCAGAUCAUGAAAAUAGAAAUUGCUAUGCCAACUAAGAAGAUAGACUGAUGGGAAAUAACACACCUGGUUGACUUAACCAUUAAGCAGACAGUGCUGUAAAAACUAAUGGCUUCUCUGAUAUUUAUUAUAAGGUCUAGUACUGAUGUCUUUUUCCAAUGCUGCGCACUCCUGUGUUUGGACCUUUUUUAAAAAUAGCUUUGCAACAGAACUCUGUAUCCAGUUUCCUAUAAUUUAAGUGAAGAAAAACACAUCCAAAUAAAAGAUCUAGUAUUAACAGACCAGAUAGCAACAGAAAUUAUGUGACUUACUGUGAUUAUCAAAACAUAUCUUAUUACUCAAACUGAAAGUUCUAGCUUAAGUGUUGGCACCUUUGUGGGAAAAAAAUCACUUUUGAAACUCAGACUCAGUGUAUACCCAAUUAUUUAAAAUCAUGUGAAAUGUUUUAAAUUUGUGAACUCGUAAUUACUGUUUUGAUGAUUCAGUUUCUUGAUAAUGGUAAUUGUAUAAAAGUGCUAUUGCAGCUUUAUUUUCAAUAUGAUGUUCCUGUAAACCAUGGGUUUUACUCCAUUUGUAAAAAAACAUUGUAGAUAAUUGAAUGUUUGAUUAUAGAAAGGUCAUUAGUUUCUUGUUAACACAUUUUGUUAGUCUGGUUUUUGUUGCUUACCGGGUUUAAUAUUGUUCUUGAAAAUAGUUGAUGCUAUGUUAUGUAUAACUUUUCUAAUAAAAGUUGUGUUAUAAGCUAUA